GUACCCCAUUUGCAUGCGGCCACUGUUGUCUCUGUCGCUCCCCUUUGCUCUUCUUCUAACCUUCUUCUGUCCCCUCUUCCUCUCAAUCACAUGUUUGAUUUCCAAAGCACAUCAGUUUUACUCUUCACCAAUGCUUUCUGAAUUAUUUAGAAAGCGAGUGACAAGUCUGCCGAAUCCCCUAAAGAGAAAUCUCGCGGAAGAGUUUGUGGUGGACGUGCAACCUCUCCCAGGUUUAAUGCUCCCAAGGGUCGAGCUGAGACCAUUCCCUUGUCGAUCUGCUACUAAUCUCAUGCAGCCGUAGCUAGCAUUUUGCUACAGAACGUCGAGCUUUGUCCACGUAUUGGAGCUUGGAUAUGCUGGCGGUCGAACCCUUGAGAGGCUCCAAUGGAGAUGAACGAGAAGGGGCGAUGGGGAGCCUCGCUGUCGUCGACGACUUCGUCGAUGGGAGCUUGUUCGAGGACAUCAGCUUCGGCGACCUGUUCGUGGGAAUGGAUGACGGCGACGUCCUGCCGGACCUCGAGCUGGAUCCGGCUGAGAUUCUUGUGGAGUUCUCGGGCGCGGCGGAAGGCCUGUUUCGCGUAGAUGGCGCAACGCAGGAUGUGGUAGAGGAGGCGGAGGAGAGGAUCGCAAGUCAUGGCGUGGCGGUCGCGAGUGGCAUGGCGGAGGAGGAUCCGAUAUUGGACACGGCGACUGAAGUGUGGUCUGCUUCACCGGAGGGAGAUAGAGGUCGGAAGUCCUCAGCCGCCGCGGCGUCCAUGAAGGGCUCACAGGGGAAGCGCAAAGCAAAAGUGGAAUGGACGCCGGAGCUGCACCGGCGAUUUGUUCAGGCGGUGGAGCAGCUGGGGAUCGACAAAGCAGUGCCCUCAAGGAUUUUAGAGCUGAUGGGAAUCGACUGCCUCACUCGGCACAACAUUGCCAGCCAUCUGCAAAAGUAUCGAUCGCACCGGAAGAGUUUGCUUGCGAGGCAGGCGGAGGCAGCGAGCUGGAGUCAACGCCGGCAGAUGUACGCGGCAGGCACGGGCGCGAAGAGGGGCGCCAACCCGUGGCUCGCUCCUACCGUCGUCCUCCCUCCUCCUCCAGCCCAGGCUUUUAGGCCUCUGCAUGUCUGGGGCCACCCUGCCGCGGCGGAACCACCGUUAGUCCACAUGUGGCCUUUUCCGCCACCGCCUGACCCCCCUUAUUGGCACUACCAUUUCCAAAGGGGAAGUAGAGAAGGAUGGGUCACCAUGACGCAGGGAACUCCUUGCUUGCCUCAGCCAAUGGCGGCAGCGGGGUUUGCGGCUCCACAUCUCGCCGGCAUUGUUCCACAUCCCAUGGACAGACCAGUUCCUCCACCUCCUCCCAUGUCGAAGCAGCAGGAAUCCACCUCACAGCUUCAGCUUGAUGCUGCUCAUCCAACAAAAGAAUGCAUUGAUGCAGCUAUCGGAGAUGUUUUGGCCAAGCCAUGGCUACCAUUGCCACUCAGACUGAAGCCUCCUUCACUGGACAGUGUGUUGGCAGAGCUACAGAAGCAAGGGGUAUCAAAAGUGCCACCUGCUUCUGGUUGAUCUCGCCACAACACUAAAGAAGAAGAGAAGUCAUCUGUCGACACCUCAUUCUAGUUUGCAUUCUUACAGACUAAUUCUUUUCUUCUUCCUUUGAAAUCAAAUUACCACAGCAAUUGCAUAUGCUAUGUUGUAUCUUUUAAAACUUAUUGAUUUGAUUAUUAGAUAUUAGCUUAUUAUGAA